GCGGGGUGGAGCCUACCUACUAGUGCACAGAGUUUGCUGUAGUUGCUGCCAUUUCAGCUCCGAGACACUUGAAGGGAUAGUGCUCUAGAGGAGCUGCUACCAUGUAUAGGGCUACAGUGGCUGAGCCUUGCUCCUUACCUAAUCUGCUUUUCUGCCACUACCUGUGGCUUUUAUAGGCCAAGUUUUGUUUUCUGACUGUAAAUUUGCAGCUUCUGCCUUUUUUUAAUUAACCAAACAUUUGUAGCCAUUUCUCAAGCCAUGCCUCCCCAGGAGCUGUUGGAUUAUUCACCUGCCCUGAGGAGGAGGAGAAGUACCCCAAGGGGCAGUGGCUCAGAGCUGGGCAUUAAAUGUGUCCUAGUAGGUGAUGGUGCUGUGGGAAAGACCAGCCUGAUUAUCAGCUACACAACAAAUGGAUACCCAGAUGAGUACCAGCCAACUGCCUUGGACACCUUUUCAGUGCAGGUCUUGGUAGAUGGAGCCCCUGUUCGGAUCCAGCUCUGGGACACAGCUGGACAGGAAGACUUCGAUUGCCUCCGCUCACUCUGUUAUUCUGACACGGAUGUCUUCCUUGUCUGCUUCAGCGUGGUGAACCCCAGCUCCUUCCAAAACAUUACUGAGAAAUGGAUCCCUGAGAUACGGACUCAUAACCCAGGGGCCCCGGUACUGCUAGUGGGGACGCAAGCUGACUUGCGGGAUGAUGUCAAUGUCCUGAUCAGCCUGGACCGCUACCAUGGCAAGCCUGUGCCCAAGCCUCAGGCUGAAGGCCUGGCUGAGAAAAUCCGGGCUGAGGCCUAUGUGGAGUGCUCAGCUCUGACCCAAAAGAACCUGAAAGAAGUCUUUGACACAGCCAUUGUGAGUGCUGUUGAGCACAAAGCGCAGCAGGAAAAGAAAAUGACGGCCAAAGGGAUCAAAACCCUCUCCAAGUGCCGCUGGAAGAAAUUUUUCUGCUUUGUCUGAAGCUAGUUUGAGAGAGGGGAGGGGAAAAAAACACCAUGCCAGCACUAGCUCUAUACUUUGGAGUGACUGGUCCUAUGGCUCCAGCAAGGAGGCGGCUAUGAGCUCCUGAGGCUGGCAGGCCUGGCUCUUGCUGGGUGUCGGCAUGCCAUGCCUAGGAAACAUGAAAUGGACUUCAUUGCACCAGGCUAUUGAAUGGUCCAUACAGCGUUAAGCACCUGGAAGAUAUGCUUGUGGUGCCCCAGAUCAAUGGGAGCUUUUAAUACACUACACUAAGAUUCAGGGCUACCAAGUGAGCCGGCUUCAUGAUGUCAGAUGUGUGGUGUAACCAGUUUCUUGUUUGAAACUACCUAAAAGUCCUGUCCCAGCAUUGUCCAACUCUGGUGUAAUACCUGGGCUUUCUCUACUCCAGCUGUUCUAAAGUCUUGAUUGAGAAUAGGGUGAGGGCUUUUUGGGAGACCACAAGGUGGGCUGAUGAGUCUAAAAAGUAGAUCUCGGGUUUUCCCUCUAGUUCUGAUCACUAAAGAAGAUGGUGUUGUCUAGAUAAAUAAAGUAGUGCUCUUUUUUUACAGACCCUUUACCAGGGAUUUCAAAUACCUUUCAAGAGGGAUUACACCUGAGGUAUAUCCCAGGAAAAGCCUAAAGGGAAGCACCCUACCAGCCUUAUUAAUUCAUAAAGGGGCUCCCUGGCACAGUACAUUAUAGAGCUAUAGCCACAUGUUCAAAGUUAACGCUACUUAGGGCCCCUCCCCUGUUUGGGAUGCCCUUGUAAUUGAUGUACAGAGGAGCACAUAGACAGUGGUUUGAUCUGAGGAGCCUGAAAUGCAGCAGGGAAGUGAAACAUGGGCAGAAAGAAGACAGAAGCAGGUAGUGGGAGAAGCAUGUAGUGGAAGGAAAAGAAAAAUGUGAUGCAAAGGAGAUGGAGGAAAGGGAAAGAAGGAAGGAAGCAAAAGAAAAAGGAAAGGAGGAAAUGGGAAGGGGAUGAGGAGGAACUAGGAAGGAAAUCUUUUAUCCUGUGACUAUAGUUGUGAGAUGUAAAUAAGAGAUUCUUUUGAGCAAUAACAAAAAAUUGCUAAUGACCUUACCUUAUCUCUUCCUGCCCCCCUCCCACCCCGGGCAAGGUAUCAUUGGUGCCUUGAGAUCAAUCUUCAGUGGGCAUACUGGAGGUAGGGGCAGGGGAGAGGGCAUGGUUUCUUUUCAAAUCAAAUCCUUAAUUUGGGUGCUGUACAAAAGAGCAAGAGAGUGAAGUUCACCUUACCUCAUUCAAGCCCUGGCCCUUGUGGCUGCAGAAUGAGACCUGAGGUUUAUAGCUCCUCGUCUCUCCUGCUGCUUUCUUAAAAGUCACACUGAAGCCAAGAACUGAAGAAGGAAACCCAUAAGGUUCUGACCAUAUGGAGAAAUCCAUGGUGUCUGCUCUAUGACCUGUCCUGGGAAGGAGCCUGUUCUGUCUCUGCCCCUGCUCCCCCUUACAGCAGAGCUCAAGCUCCUAAUGAGUUAUUCACAGUUCUCAUUACUGAACCUUUUUUCCAUGUCUGAAAUCUUUCAUAAAGACAUUUUGCUCCAGUUCAUGUGACAAGGAGUAUGGCAGGCCUGCCUAGCAAUGAAUCCCAGCAUGAGGCAGCAAGCUAUCUUUCUUUGGGCACUCACUUGUGUGUUCUGUCUCUGGAAAUAGUGUGUUAAAUACUUUAGCUAGUCAAUAGAGGCCAGAAUGUGGCCCUGAUCUAAAUGCUGUGCAUACAGGUCUUUGACAGUUUCCCCAACCACUUAUAAUCGCAGAGGUACAGCAUAUGAAAGAACCAAGCUCUGAACAUGCAAUGCAAAGUCAUUCAGCCCAGGAUGGAGGCCUA